UUUUCUCACAAACUUGGUCAUUUCUUUUUUUUUGCUGCUUCUCUUCUCCCAAUGCAAGAAAAUAGAAAAAAAAACAGAGCUCUCUCUCCCUCUCUCUCUUCCUUUUGUAUCCUUUCUUCCUCCUUUUUCUUCAACGAAGGUAUCUUUUGUUUCUUCUUUAUACUUUACUCUUUACUCCAUCACUAUCAGGACUCUAUAUCACUCUCUUGUACAAAGUGGUUCUUACCUCUCGUCUUUUUGUUCUAAUUUUGCAUCUGAAAUGUUGGCUUUGCUGAUAAUCAUCGUUGCUCUUCUCUGCAACUACAACUACAUCCCCCAUGUGACUGUUAGUGGCUUAAACGACGAGGGCUUCGCGCUCCUAACGUUCAAGCAGAGCGUCCACGAUGAUCCUACCGGUUCCCUCAGCAAUUGGAACUCAUCGGACGAGGACGCAUGUUCGUGGAACGGUGUUACUUGCAAAGAACUCAGGGUGGUGUCUCUAAGCAUUCCAAGGAAGAGCCUUUACGGUUCUCUCCCUUCGUCUCUAGGGUUUCUCUCCAGUCUCCGUCACUUGAAUCUCCGGAGCAAUAGGUUUUAUGGGUCGUUGCCUGUUCAGCUUUUCGAGCUUCAAGGACUCCAAAGUUUAGUCCUUUACGGCAAUUCCUUUGAUGGGUCCUUGUCGGACGAGAUCGGUAGGCUUAAGCUUCUUCAGACAUUAGAUUUGUCGCAGAACCUCUUCAACGGGUCGCUACCGCCUUCGAUUCUGCAAUGCAGCAGGUUGAGAACACUCGAUGUCAGCCGCAACAAUCUGUCUGGUCCUUUGCCUGAUGGGUUUGGCUCAGCGUUCGUCUCUCUGGAGAAACUCGACCUCGCCUUCAACCAAAUCAACGGUUCGAUCCCUAGUGACAUCGGAAACCUCUCUAAUCUACAAGGAACUGCUGAUUUCUCUCAUAAUCACUUCACCGGUUCAAUCCCACCUGCGCUGGGAGAUCUUCCUGAAAAGGUUUACAUUGAUCUCACUUUCAACAAUCUCUCCGGUCCCAUUCCUCAAACUGGUGCUCUUAUGAACAGAGGACCAACGGCGUUUAUCGGCAACACUGGGCUAUGCGGCCCGCCAUUGAAAGACCUUUGCCCAGGAUAUGAACCCGGCCUCAAUGCCUCUUACCCUUUUAUCCCAAGCAACAACCCGCCCGAAGAUUCGGAUAGCAACUCUGAAGCCAAACAAAAGUCAAGUGGUUUGAGCAAAAGCGCCGUCAUUGCCAUUGUUCUCUGCGACGUUAUAGGUAUCUGCCUCGUGGGUUUGCUUUUCACUUACUGCUACUCAAAGUUCUGUCCUUGCAACCGCGAGAACCAGUUCGGAUUCGAUAAAGAAUCCAAGAAAAGGGCUGCAGAAUGUCUGUGUUUCCGGAAAGACGAAUCUGAAACGCUAUCUGAAAACGUAGAGCAUUGCGACAUUGUGGCCCUUGACGCUCAGGUAGUGUUUAACCUGGAGGAGCUACUAAAAGCGUCAGCCUUUGUUCUAGGGAAGAGCGGAAUCGGGAUUGUGUACAAAGUGGUUCUAGAGAACGGUCUCACACUGGCCGUCCGGAGAUUAGGUGAAGGAGGGUCUCAGAGAUUCAAGGAGUUUCAGACAGAAGUUGAAGCCAUUGGGAAACUGAGACAUCCUAACAUUGCUGGUCUUCGAGCUUAUUAUUGGUCUGUGGAUGAGAAGCUUCUCAUCUACGACUAUGUUCCCAACGGUAACCUCGCAACCGCCCUCCACGGAAAGCCAGGCAUGGUGACUAAUGCUCCCUUGACGUGGUCUGAACGGCUGAGGAUAGUGAAAGGGAUUGCGACAGGGCUUGUUUAUCUCCAUGAGUUCAGUCCAAAAAAAUACGUCCAUGGAGACCUCAAGCCCAGCAACAUUCUCAUCGGACAAGACAUGGAACCUAAGAUCUCUGAUUUUGGACUUGCACGGUUGGCUAACAUUGCUGGAGGUUCUUCUCCGACCAUACAGUCUAACAGAAUCAUCCAAACGGAUCAACAGCCGCAAGAGAGGCAACAACACCAUCACAAGAGUGUAUCUUCGGAGUUCACUGCUCACUCUUCGUCUGGAUCCUACUACCAGGCACCCGAGACUCUCAAGAUGGUAAAACCAUCACAGAAGUGGGAUGUUUACUCUUUUGGGAUCAUAUUACUGGAACUGAUAGCGGGUAAGUCUCCGGCAAUGGAGGUGGGGACAUCGGAAAUGGAUAUAGUUCGAUUGAUACAAGUAUGCAUUGAGGAGAAGAAACCAUUAUGUGAUGUUCUUGAUCCUUGUUUGGAUCCUGAGGCAAAUAAGGAAGACGAGAUUGUCGCUGUUCUCAAGAUUGCGAUCAGUUGCGUAAAUAGCAGUCCAGAGAAAAGGCCUACCAUGAGGCACGUUUCUGAUACUCUCGACAGAUUACCUGUGGCUGGCGAUUGAGACAUCUAGAGAUAUGCACAUAAAGCUUGUUUUAAAAGAUGAAGCUGCAAUCACUUGGAGCAUUUGCACCUGACGAUGCUGAUGUGGUUACCGUUUUUGUUUUUGUUUUUUUGUCCCGUCUUUGUUAGUGGUUAUUAAUUAAGUUGUGCCUCACUUCAUAAUCGUUUUUAUAGCUUAAAGUUUCCGGUA